AAAAAAUUCACUGACUUUGUGUCAUGCAUAAAGUUCAAAGGAUCUUCAUCAUCACCACUCAAGUGUCAAUAAUUUUAAGCAUUACUUGAGGAAAAAUAUCCAAAUGAGUCAACAGUUGGUUCAACAUUGUUGGAUGGGUGGUGGUAGUUGAUUUCCUCCAAGAUUAUCAUCAGUAUUGAAAGAAAAAACCAAUCGACGUAACAAAUUAAACCACUUAAAACUGAAACAUCACAAUGAAUUUCACAAGUGUAGAUUGGUUUCAACAAGCAAUGUUCAAUAUAACUAAUCAGACUUCACUCAACCCAUAUUGUGGCACUGAUUUACCAGUAGUUACAGUAGUUAAUCAAAUUCUAUUUUCGAUAGUUUGUAUCAUGGGUUUACUAGGUAAUACAUUAGUAAUUUAUGUGGUAUUACGAUAUUCCAAAAUGCAGACAGUAACAAAUAUGUACAUAGUUAACUUGGCAAUUGCUGAUGAAUGUUUUCUCAUUGGUAUUCCAUUCUUAGUGACCACAAUGAGUCUUAGAUAUUGGCCUUUUGGUAAAAUUAUGUGUAAAGCCUAUAUGACAACUACGAGCAUCAAUCAAUUUACAAGUAGCAUUUUUUUAUUUAUCAUGAGUGCUGAUCGUUAUAUAGCAGUUUGUCAUCCAAUAUCAGCACCAAAAAUGCGUACACCAUUCAUCUCCAAGGUAGUCUCAGCAACAGCGUGGCUUACAAGUGCUCUCUUCAUGAUACCAAUAAUUCUUUAUGCUAAUAUCGAGGAAGUUGAAAGUGGAGUCAAUUGCAAUAUCUAUUGGCCAGAUAAUCAUGGAGGCCAAACAACUUUUACUCUUUAUUCACUUAUAUUAGGUUUUGCAAUCCCACUUACUUUUAUUUUAAUCUUCUAUUUCUUAGUGAUAAGAAAGCUACAAACAGUUGGACCAAAAAAUAAAUCCAAAGAGAAAAAGAAAUCACAUAAAAAAGUAACUAAACUUGUCCUAACAGUGAUAACGGUAUAUGUUCUUUGUUGGCUUCCAUAUUGGAUCACCCAGGUAGCACUAAUUUAUACACCACCAAAACAGUGCCAAUCUCCAAUAAGCAUAACAGCAUUUCUACUUGCUGGAUUUCUGAGUUACUCUAACAGUGCUAUGAAUCCAAUACUCUAUGCUUUCCUAAGCGAUAACUUCAAGAAAAGUUUCCUCAAAGCGUGUACAUGUGCAGCCGGCAAAGACGUCAAUACCACACUCCAUCUUGAAAAUAGUGUAUUUCCAAAGAGGAAAAAAACCAAUACGGAACGUCUAAAAUCUAAGAAUCGGCCAGUUGCCAAUUCCACAAAUUCUCGAAUAGAAUUGGAAAUAGAUGAAGAGGGUGAACGUGGUCUGCUCAUCAGUAAAACCUCUACUACAACAGUUACCAUGACAUCUAGAACAAAUAUAACAGCAGUUGUAAGCGAUUCGAAAGAACAUGAAUUAAUACAACGAGAAAGUAACGAAAACAGUAAAAAAAAUGGAACACAACUCACUCAUCUCACUCAACUUUAAAGCAUAUCAAUUAUAACUUGUACAUUGCAUCAGAAAUAUGACACCUUGGCUUAUUGUUAUUAUAAUCAUUUUCAUGAACUGCAGGAUAUGCUUAAGAUAUAUUAUCCAGCGUUAUCCAUCUCCCUCAUUUCUCCUUAUUUCUUGUCUUUCAUAUCUCCUCCGGCCUCCUUCAUCUCCAACCUAUUACCCCAUUACUCGGUGAAGUUUAUCACAAGAACUUUCUGUAUGUUAGAUAUACUUGUGUACAUAUAAGCCACGACGCAGUAAGGCAACUAGGAUUAUCAUCAACUGAAUAAGCUAACUCUGUAAAUUAAUUAAACAAUUUUGUAUUUUGUUAUUUGCAACAAAGUCUGGUCGCCUAUUAUUUACAUAUUAUAUUCCUAAAUGAGCAUUAUUAGUGAUAGGUAUUUUUCAAGUACAGAUUAAAGUUUUGAAUAAAUUGUAAAUAAUUAAUUAAAUAUUCAAUGUCAUGUCAAUUUAUAUUUUGAGUAUGCUUUGUCAUUUAAUAUCUCUUGGAUAACUGUUCUAAAUACUAGUUAACAUAAUUUGAAUUGUAAACAUGAUAUUGAUAAAAAUUACCAUUAUAUAGAAGAAUGUUACUGCUAGAAGUAUUUUAUAUGAGUGACAUAUUAAGUAUGCCUUAUAAGUCAAACUCUGAAUGUAGUGUGGCAAGUGCGUAUAUGAUCUACAAUCGAGAUCCUUUGGAUUAUUGCCUUCUAGUUUACUCGAGCAUGAGUACGUUCAUGGAUUCCGAUGCUAUGCCAUUCUAGUCUACUUACCAAAGAGUUAUAUCAUGUGGAAUUUUAACUAUUGGAGAAUUUCUUCUAGCGUAUAAUAAUUAAAUGGUGCUUAACAUUGUCAUAAAUAAUAGUGUAUUUGUGUU